AUGGUUAUACGAUUUGCGCGCUUUGGCGAUGGCCACAGUCACGGCUCCGCAACAGACUCCCAAUCCGAAGCUGGUGCAAUUGUCUCGACCGACAAAGAACCCAAGUCUCACGCCCCAGGGGAAAACCACCUUGACCACUCCCAUGACCACCCAUCCGAUACCGGUUCCAAUCCCGUCGAUGGCGCCCACACAGCUUUAUUCGAAGACUACAGCGCCCAACUUACUUCCGUUUUCAUUCUCGAGUUCGGCAUCAUCUUCCACUCUAUCUUCAUUGGCCUGACUCUCGCCGUCGCCGGCGAAGAAUUCAAAACUCUCUACGUGGUCCUGGUGUUCCACCAGACUUUCGAAGGUCUUGGUCUUGGGUCGCGCCUUGCUACCAUACCGUGGCCCUCAUCGAAACGGCUCACACCAUACAUCCUAGCCAUUUCAUUCGGACUUUCCACGCCAAUUGCCAUCGCCAUUGGCUUAGGGGUACGCAACACCUACCCUCCCGAAGGCCGGACCACACUGAUCGUCAACGGCGUCUUUGAUUCGAUCUCCGCGGGUAUCCUGAUCUAUACCUCACUCGUGGAAUUGAUGGCGCAUGAAUUCAUGUUCAGCACCUCCAUGCGGCGAGCACCCAUUCGUACCGUACUCGCAGCAUUUGGACUCCUAUGUUUGGGUGCGGCCUUGAUGGCCCUCCUAGGCAAAUGGGCUUGA